CCGGGGUUUUCAAUCAAGAUGGUACAUGCUGAAGCCUUUUCACGUCCAUUGAGUCGGAAUGAAGUUGUUGGUUUAAUUUUCCGCUUAACAAUAUUUGGUGCGGUAACAUACUUUACUAUCAAAUGGAUGGUAGGUGCAAUUGAUCCAACAAGAAAGCAGAAAGUAGAAGCUCAGAAACAGGCAGAGAAACUAAUGAAACAGAUUGAUGUGAAAAAUGUGAAGCUUUCAGAAUAUGAAAUGAGUAUUGCUGCUCAUCUAGUAGACCCACUUAAUAUGCAUGUUACUUGGAGUGAUAUAGCAGGUCUAGAUGUCAUUACAGAUCUGAAAGACACAGUCAUCUUACCUAUCAAAAAGAAGCAUUUGUUUGAGAAUUCCAGGCUUCUGCAGCCUCCAAAAGGUGUUCUUCUCUAUGGGCUGCUAGGUUGUGGGAAAACCCUGAUUGCCAAAGCUACAGCCAAAGAAGCAGGCUGUCGGUUCAUUAACCUGCAGCUGUCAACACUGACUGAUAAGUGGUAUGGAGAAUCUCAGAAACUAGCUGCUGCUGUUUUCUCUCUUGCUAUAAAGCUACAGCCUUCUAUCAUCUUUAUAGAUGAAAUAGACUCCUUUCCACGAAACCAUUCCAGUUCUGACCAUGAAGCUACUGCUAUGAUGAAAGCUCAGUUUAUGAGCCUCUGGGAUGGACUGGAUAUACCUUGA